CGGGGCGGGUGCAGGCUCGAGGAGUGCGCGCGCGCCGCCGCCCGCCUCCGGUCAGAGCCGCCCCGGUCGCCGCGGACUCCACAUUCCAACGUCGCUGUGCUGCCGGUCGAAGAGCCGAGUGACUGAGUGACCGUCUUCCACCCGUGCGACACUAAAUAAACUACCAUCAUGUCUGACGAGGAAGAAUAUUCUGGCUCCGAAGAGGAGGAAAUUGAAGAAGACGUCCCGGAGACACCCGCUCCGAAACCUGAGAGUAGACCAUCGAUCGCGGGUGAGGGAGAUCCAGAAUUUAUCAAGCGUCAAGACCAGAAGCGGUCGGACUUGGACGAGCAGUUGAAGGAGUACAUCAACGAAUGGCGCAAACAACGGGCCAAGGAAGAGGAGGAGCUCAAACGCCUCAAAGAGAAGCAGGCUAAGCGCAAGGUGUCCCGCGCUGAAGAAGAGAAGCGCCUCGCCCAAAAGAAGAAGGAGGAGGAAGAAAGGAGGGUGCGCGAAAUUGAAGAGAAGAAACAGCGCGACAUCGAAGAGAAGAGGCAGCGGCUCGAGGAAGCCGAGAAGAAACGCCAGGCCAUGCUCCAGGCGAUGAAGGAAUCAAGCAAGACCGGACCCAACUUCACCAUCCAAAAGAAGAGCGACAACUUUGGCCUCAGCAACGCCCAGCUGGAACGCAACAAGACCAAGGAACAGUUGGAAGAAGAGAAGAAGAUCUCACUGUCCAUCCGCAUCAAGCCGCUGAACAUCGAGGGUCUCUCCGUAGAUAAGCUGCGACAGAAGGCACAGGAGCUCUGGGAGUGCAUCGUCAAGCUCGAGACAGAGAAAUACGAUCUCGAGGAGAGGCAAAAGAGACAGGACUACGACUUAAAAGAGCUCAAAGAAAGACAGAAGCAGCAACUGAGGCACAAAGCUCUCAAGAAGGGUCUCGACCCCGAGGCACUUACAGGCAAACACCCGCCCAAAAUCCAGGUAGCUUCCAAGUACGAGAGGCGUGUGGACACAAGGUCCUACGACGACAAAAAGAAACUGUUCGAGGGUGACCUAGAGAAACUGAACAAGGACUUCCUCGAGAAGGUGUGGCAGGAGAAGGCCGAUCAAUUCGGUGGCAGGCAAAAGACGAGACUGCCCAAGUGGUUCGGCGAGAGGCCCGGCAAGAAGAAGGGUGAGACCGACUCGCCCGAGGGCGAGGAGGACGUCAAGGCCGAACCCGAAGAGGAGGAACCUCAGUACGAGCCUGAACCCGAAGAGGAAGAGGAGGAAGUCGUAGAAGAAGUUGAAGAGGAAGAAGAAGAGGAAGAGGAAGAGGAGGAGGAGGAGGAAGAAGAAGAGGAGGAGGAAUAAAUGUGACUCGCCCCGAGCAGUGGAGCCAGGCCCGCCGACACGAGCCACACGCGUCGGACCGCACUGUUUUGUAACCAUUAACUUAUUUCUAUUAAAGUUAUUUUUAUUAUUUAUACUGUCAAAAUCAUUCGCACCGUCGCUGACAACCAUGACGAUACAUUAAACUAAUUUAUUUCAACA